UGGCCUUCUGGAUAAUCUUCUCCCUUCUCCUCACAGGAGUAGCUCCCCUCAUACAUAUCAACCACAAAGGAUGCUCUUCAAAAUUUCAAGAGCACCGGAAAAUGGAGAAUUCGAGCAUGGUGAUUCUCGACCUCCAUCACGUUCAUGGCCCAUGCUCCCCUCUGAAUUACACCCCUCUGCCCCUUUCUAAAACCCUCCAUCUCGACGAAGCCCGAGCACACUCCCACUCCCUCCGCUUCCUGCAUAACAAACAUGAAAUCUCGAAUGCUUCCAUCCAAAAAUCCCUAAAAUCGGGCUAUUUCAUCAGAAUUCUGACCUACAUCAUCUCCCUCGACUUUGGCAGCCCUCCAAAACCAUAUCUCAUGGAAGUUGAUACCGGCAGUGUGCUCACUUGGCUCCAGUGCCGACCCUGCAUAGACUGUCACAGGCAGUCGCGUCCCAUUUUCGACCCCAAAGCCUCAUCCACGUACUCCAGGGUAUCAUGUCAAAGUGAUUAUUGCAUGCAAUCGCAACAGGCCGCUGCAGUCUCCACUGGUUGUUCCGAUUCCGGUGCCUGCAAAUACGAGAUCAACUACGGUGAUGGGUCGUUCUCAGUGGGCCUCUUCAGCAAGGAUACCAUAACCAUGGGCCGUAGCUUCCCCGGCUUCAUAUAUGGCUGUGGUGAAGACAAUGAAGGCUACUUUGGUUGGGCCGCGGGCCUGAUAGGCAUGGGCCGACACCCCCUCUCCCUAAUGUCACAGCUAGCCCCAACAUACGGAUACACAUUCUCAUACUGUCUCCCUACACCCGAUUCCACCGGCUCGCUCACUCUAGGCCCAAGCUCUGCCCAAAACUACAUGUACACCCCCAUGUACCAUAUGUCUGUGUACCCCGCCCUCUAUUUCGUACAAUUGAUAGGUAUAAAGGUAGACGGGCAUCCCCUGCCAGUGUCAGACCCUGUAUAUAGAUCGUCCCGUAUGCUUAUAGACUCUGGCACAACCAUCACCCGAUUACCUAAGACCUUAUAUACAGCAUUGAAGACCGCGGUGCUCAGGCAUAUGCCAUACAAAAAAAGAGCACCGCCAGGCGUGACACUCGACACAUGCUUCAAGGUGAGCACGAGCAGCUUGCAUGUGCCAGAGGUGGUGUUGGAUUUCCGGGGUGGAGCACAAAUGAGGCUUGGGGGUCAGAAUGUGGUCCUUGAAGUAGAUAAUAGAGUCACAUGUUUAGCAUUUGCCGGGACGGAUGACAUUCCCAUACUUGGGAAUCGGCAGCAACAGGGGUUUGAUGUCACUUAUGAUGUCGUUGGGAGACGGAUAGGGUUUGCCCCAGGCCGGUGUGGGUGAUCCGCACCGAGCCUGUGUGCUGGGGAUGAUGACUAGAAUGGCAACAUGGCCUUUCUCAUCAUGUUGUGGUUUCUAUUCUCAAUACUAACGCCUCCCUCAUUAAUACCUUCCAAAAAAAAAAAAAUCAAGGUCUUUUCUUUCCUUUAUGUUCGUUCCAAGUGCGUCCACACAAGUCUCAUGUCAUGUGAUAUGCUCCCUAGUGGACAUCGACACUGUAACCAAUAUUGUAGGGAGGUGGAGAAUAAUUUAUACACUCGAAGGUGGCUCCACCAUGGUUGGACUGCAGAUGCUCAACAGAUUGCUUGAUUAGAACAUAAUGCUUCCUAGUGAGAACAAUCCACAUUUUAUUUUUCUUUUACUUGUGAUGAAGAAUGGAGAAUGUUAAUUAAAAGGUGAA